GAGAUUUUCAAAUUGUUCGUUGAUUUUUGUUAAAGCAGCCUAUUUCUAAAUACUUGAAGCAUGUUGUCCAGCAACGGGUUAACAAUAGACCAGUGGUUCUAUUAUGAGAGUUUAGUAUGUUACAGCAGACAAUGAUCAUAGUGCACAGCAGUAAGAAUUGACUCAAGAAAGACGGAAGAUUCUGAGUAAGACUGGGGAGAGAAGAAAUAAGAAUUAGGAAUAAAGAGACAAGAAUCAGUAAUGAUGAAAGGCAUUGACUUGGAGCAAAAGGAAUAAAUUCAAUGCAAGAAAUGGAGCUAGAAGAUGUCAUCUGACAAAGCUGAGGCAGUCAGGGAAAGAAUGAGAAUUCUUAAUCAAGAAAGUAAAAUAUGAACAAUGAAGCAAGAAUAUUUUACUUCAGGCAGAACAAGAAAACAGGUGCAUCGUUGGCGAUGUGGUGCCAGUAUUUGGUGGUCUUCUGUCAUAGCAAUCAUUGUCUCACUAGCUUAUAUUGUUAUAACAUACUUUCUUCAGCUGUCAGAUUACUUUGGAGCCUAUUUCACUCUAAGAGCCCUCUGUUUUACUAUACUUGCUGUCUCUCUGCAUGCCAUAUUGGCUGUCUAUAAUUCACAUCACUAUACAGUGGUUCCUCAAAUAUCAACAACCAGGCUUAAUAAUGUCUUGGAGUUCUUCCGCAUCCAAUAUAUUCUCCAGGGAUUUAUCUAUACCAUUUCCAGUAUGCUCAUCACAGUAUUUGCUUCAUGGAUAAUGAAGGACUCUUUCUCCACACUGGCUGUUCCCUGUGCAGAAGAUAGCCCUGCCAUCUACCUGAAUGACAACAAACUUUUCUUACUGACUGCAGCCAUUUAUCAUGGAUUGUUGUUCCAUCUAAGGUUUUAUAGGAAUCAGUACAACUAUACACCUUUCAAAAUUAUACAGCAAGCCAAGUUCUUUCAAGUUAAAAGUCAACUAGUUCCAGUAUUAUUUGAAUCUGCUGCUCAAAUUUUCAAACAGCUGCUAGGUUUUUACCUGAUAUUCUACUUUCUUGGACAUCUUCCUCGAGACUUAACUGCUCAUCUCUGUCGACUCUCAAUCUGCCCAGAAACAAAUUUGUCCAGUGUUCAGAGUCUUCUUCAACCAGAAUUGUUUUUGCAGUCAUUUUUCCUUGGAACCUACAUGUAUUUCAUCUGGCAUUUAGCUGCCGUUUUACUAAGGACAUAUUUAACUGAGAGUUAUGAAUUUCGUAUAGAGCCUGGUUUAGAUCAUCUAUCAGAUAAAUGUUUGCACAAUGCUCUUAGCUGCAAGAGCAACCCUUGGAUUCAGUACCUCGGCUUUCUGGAUCUCUUCCAACUGUCCAGAUUCUCCUUCAAUAGACGUCAAGUUCUUUUCAGUGCGACUUUUCCAGGGUGCCACCCCAAAAACUGGAGCCAAAUCUAUCAUAUAUGUUUAGAGAACCUACGUCAACUAAAGGAUGCUACCCAAGAAUUUAACCACAAUGCAUUUGUGCAAGCAGCCAUUCCACAGCAAAACACACCUAAUUGGUUGCACAACUCAAGCCUGUCUGCAAGUCGCUACCUCAAGCCAACAUCUUUGGGCCACAUGAGUCUUAAUGAAUCAGUAACUGGUACAUCUCUCCGUGAAGAAAGACCUAUAAAAGUCAGCUUACAAACUAAGAUUUUAGAGGUGUUGAAAAAGAAGCCAGUGUUUGGUUAUUUCCUACGAGAACUACCAGAUGCUGCACCUCGGAAAUUAUUCUCCUCAGUUCAAAUCCAUAUCUGGGCAGUAGAAGCUCUAUCCCGAUUGGUAGCAGCCUCCUACACUGAAGAUGCACUUGGUAUUGUACAGCAGAACUUACCAGAGAUACUUAAUGUUUUGGUAUCACUCUUUGAGAACGUGGAAAGACAUUUCAAACUGACAUCAACUCUUGGACGUCGAAGCCUUACUGGUGUCAACUGUUCCCAUGACUUAGCUCUUCGACAUGCCUUCCGUUCUGCUUUGAAGUCUGCCAUAUACCGAAUUGUUGACACAUUUGGAAAAUGUGUCUUAGAUUUCCGGCUUAGUCUCGAAACCCAAAGACGCCUCAAGUUAUUUCUAGAAUACAAAGAAUGAAAGACUGAGUAAUUCAUGCCUUGGAAUCAGAAUUGAGUUUCAUCAACAUUCUCAGUGAAACUGCUACCAGGAGAUUUUUUAACAGUACCAAGUAACUGCUAUCAACUCACUGCUCAAUAUCCAAACAUACAGAUAAAUAUAUAACUGGAAAGUUCAAAAAAUCAACUUUUCUGUACAGAGAGGAGUCAUAUGAUAUCAGUUAUAUAUAAUGAGGAUGUUGGUUCCAAACAUUAACUAAAGCCAGAAUGGUUCAGCUUUCAUCACAGAAUUAUUGUCUUUAUUAACCAGAAUUUUGUUACACCUGAAGAAAACAAUAUGGCAGUCUUCUACCAGAUAAUAUAACAAUGUUGAUGCAACUUGUUGAGCUUCCCUCUGUUACUGAUAUUCAGCUGUUUUUUCUGAUAACAGUUUCUGACAAGCUUAUUUGAUCUCUAAUUCUAACAGACAUUACUACUUCUUUUGUAUAUUAAUUUCUCUUUUUUUUCUGUCCAAGACCAUUUCUUAGCUUUUGAAAAAUUGUAUCUGGAUAACAAAGGUCCACUAAUCUUCACAUUGUACUAUGAUGGAGAUUACCCCAGUAAUUUGGAGUAUAUCCAAAAACAAGGUUGCCCCAAUACACUUAACUGAUGUCUUUGCUUUGUUUGGCAUGACAGCUCAGUAACACUGGCUAUUCCAUCUCUGGGUGUGUUUAAAUUCAUAGAACAAGCCAACCUUGAUAUAGAAUAUUAAUAUUUUUUUUGUUUAAUUGUUUUGUUUGUUUCUGUUCUUUUCAUUCUUUCCCUAUUAACAUUCCUCAAAUAUUGAAUAUCUAUAUUUGUUUUAUGUCAUGAAAAUUUAGAAACUUUAAGAGAACGUAAAAUAUUUUGUUUUUAAUGUUUGAACUCAAAGUAGAUUAAGUUAAAAAUAAUGACAUGUAAAUAUUGGGUUUAUAGAAGCUUUACAGAGUUCCGUGAACAGCCUUUGACUUUUCUAUCCAAAGGGUUUUCUAACUCAAUAGUAUUUACAUGCUAUUAUUUAUAUCUCUAUCUACUUAGAGCCACCAUAAAAAAAAUUAUCUAAAUUUGUAUUCUGGUUAGGGUGACCAAGGGAAAAUAUGCAUCCUUCCCUUAAUUGUAAUUGGAAAUUAGUGUCUCAAAAUAAAAUUCAAAUUUUCUUAAA